GUGACGAAGAACCUUUAGGCAGUUAGCGAGCUAGCCAGCUAGCUAAGCUAAGUGUUAAAAUUGCUUCCUAACACUUCCUUUGUGGCGAUCUUGUAACUUUUGACAGCGACUUUAGUAAAUCGUCGAACUACUCUCUAAGGUGAUUCGGCUCUCAGAAAAGCGCCAUGGCUGCAGUGGAGGAGGUGCCGGCUGUGGACGGUGGCAGUAAAGCUGAGGACGCUGCCGCCCGCUCUGACGACGGCGACGGCGUGGGGAUUCCUCAGCUGGCCGAAAACCCGGGACAAGGGGGGGCCUCGCUGCUGGACAGCGGGGAAGACUUUGAGAUGGUGAACAAUGAGGAUGAGGAUGAUGAUGAUGAUGAUGAUGAUGCUGACCUCCCGCCCCUGGAGGACACCGGGCGGCAGAAGAGAGCACCGGUGCAGGAUGGGGCGGAGGCCGCUGAGGGGAAGGGUGCUGCGACCGACUCUCCCCCCAUGCCAGCUGAGGAGUGGCUUGAUGUGCUGGGAAAUGGGCAGUUGAAGAAAAAAGUACUAGAGGCGGGGAAAGGGCCAGACAGCAGGCCGAAGAAAGGUCAGGACGUCAAGAUUCAUCUGAAAAUGUCAUUGGCUGAUGGUACCACUGUGCAGGAGGAGCCAAGCCUCUCUUUCACUCUCGGGGACGGUGAUGUCAUUCAGGCACUGGAUCUCACUGUGCUACUGAUGGAGAUGGAGGAGAGAGCCCUGGUCAGCACUGACGCAAAGUACGCCUAUGGAGCCGUGGGCAGCGCCGCCCCGCCUGUACCCCCCGACGCCGCCCUGACCCUCUACCUGCGGCUGCUGGAGGUAUCCGACGCCCCAGAUCUGGAGCUCCUGACCCCCCGCGAGAGGAUGGCCCUGGCCGACCAGAAGAGAGAGCGGGGCAACGAAUACUACCAGCGCGGGGACUACGCCUUCGCCGUGAACUCCUACAGCAUCGCCCUGCAGAUCACCGAAUCCAGCUCCAAAGUGGACAUCAGCGCAGGGGAAGAGGCGGAGCUUCUGGAGGUGAAGGUGAAGUGUCUGAACAACAUGGCCGCCGCUCAGCUCAAACUGGACCACCUGGAGGCUGCGCUGCGCUCCUGCGUGUCCGUCCUCGCCCACCAACCAGAGAACGUCAAGGCCCUCUUCCGCAAGGGCAAGGUCUUGGCAUUACAAGGAGACUAUGCUGAAGCUAUCAGAGAUUUGAAGAGUGCCCUAAAACUGGAGCCCAGCAACAAGACCAUCCACGCCGAGCUCUCCAAGCUGGUGAAGAAGCACUCAGAACACAAGGGGGCAGAGCAGGCCAUGUACAAGAGGAUGCUGGGUAACCCAGCACCUGUAACUUCACAGACGAACCGGAACAAGUCCUCAUGGAGCAUCAGCUGGAAAUGGCUGUUUGGUGCCACUGCAGUUGCAAUCGGAGGGGUGGCCUUGUCUGUAGUUAUCGCUGCCAGAAACUGACAGCAGUCAGGUCGCUGGUGGGUCUCGCUGCGGAAGCGAACAGAAGGCAGCUUGGGAAGUGACCACGCUGCCAGCAGACUGCAAGACAAGGACUUUAACGGGACCUAGCGGUAUUAAGGCCUACUUUGUGAGGCAAAGUACAACUCUGUUAACUAUGCUGUUGAUUCCUUCACUAUUUAAAUGAGAAGCCAGUAAAUAAGAUGUGAAAGAUGAUUUAUUAUGUAUAUAUGAAAAGUGACCACCAUUGUUAAAAUGCCGUGUGUAUGUUAGCGUGUACUGCUGGACACUAUAUGUGUAUGACUGCCUGUUCAAUCAUUAUAUGUCCCUGCACUUUUUCCCUCCUGAUUAACUAGUGAAUUGAUUUUAAUCCAGAACUGGCAACCGUGGCAAAACAAGAGAACCUGUUCUAUUCAUGUCCGUAGUAGAACUAGCCAAUGCAUAACUUUUUAAAUUGAAUAUUGUAGCAUUACGGUCAUGUGUACAUGAAAAAAGUAAUAAUUUUAUAUUUGAGAUUGUGCAGAACCAAAAGGGUCAUUUAACUUUCUGUUUCUUUUUGAAGGUUAUUUUUGUACCGGUUCUUUCAAGAGGUUAGUACUUCUGUUGACAUAUAACCCUGAGGAUGCUAAUACCUGUGAUGGUUUGUUCUGGUAUUUCAGUGAAGCAGAAUUCUUUGGGAUGCCAUGUGAACUUCAAGUUAAUUACUAACAUUAUUGAAACUAAUGGGUAAUUGGGGCAGGGGUAAAGCCUGUCCCAGGAUUGAGACCCUUCCUCUGCCUGAUUGAAACUUGGUAAAUGUGUGCAUGAUUAAAAAAAAAACACAUACCAUCAGCGCCUUUAGUUCCUGUGAACAGUUAACAGUAGAUACAGGAGAGAGGAUUUGCCUGUUUGUGUGUUUUGUAUAGAGCACUGGAGUGUACCUCAAUUUUAAGUUUCUGAGACCUGACGUUGUUUUCAAGGGGAUUCUUCCAAGACCCGUUUUUAGAUUUGUUUUCAUAUUUUGUCUGUGUUCUGUUGUUGUUUGUAUGUAACGUUCUGGCAUUUUUUGAGUUGGUACAUACAUUUAAUGUCCAUUUCCGUAUAAUGAGGGACACCAUCUCAGACAUUGAUUCAGACCAUCCUGUAGAGUACACUUCAUGUGCAGACACACACACACCCUGCUGGAUUUGAGAUGCACUGUCCCUCUAUCAUUUCAUUCAUACACUGAGCAGUCCAGGGAGGGGCAACACUGUGAGAUUGUGUCUCAGUCAUUGUCUUCUCAUUUGCUGUUUCUUCCUUCCUGGGACCAAAACUCUUGUCACUUGGCCAUUGAUGUGGUACACUUACAAACAGCCCGUGCUCCCUUUGAAAUCAAGUGGUCUGUUUUACUGCAGUGCUCAAGCAUGGCAAUCUACUAACUGUGCAUUACUUGUGCAGCGUUGCCCAAGUGCCACAGGUCUUUUUAAACUGGCAGCAGUGUGACAUAAAGGUAAGGAACUGGGCUUGUUGUCUGAAUGUUCCAGGAUUGAUACUCAGGUGGGGCAUAUACUGUUGUGUGCCUGAGAGAGGUACUUAACUGGAAGUGCUUAAGGAAAUGCCAUGUAUACAUAGAUUAUGUUGUGAGCUAUAAGUGUGAGUUAUGCCAGCUGCCCUGCAUAAAAGAAUCUGU